AUGGUUCUCGACCGCAUCCAACAACUCGCCCACCAAGUCACCGCGACAACCCCCGUUCCACACCCCUUCGACCCCCUCAGCACCACCGAAAUCGAUACUGCAGUCUCCGUCAUCCGGUCUGAGCAUGGCAACCUCAAUUUCAACGCCGUCAGCCUCUACGAGCCCCGCAAGGCCGACAUGAUGGCCUGGCUCGAGACACCCUCCACAGCGGCUCGACCAAUGCGAGCAGCUGACGUCGUUGCUAUUGAUGGCAGUGGGAAGGUGUAUGAUGGGGUUGUGGACUUGGGGGAGAAGAGGCUUGUGAGCUGGGUUAAUACAAAGGGUGUGCAGCCGUUGAUUACGAUGGAGGAUUUGCAGGAGGUGGAGCAUAUUGCAAGAAAGGAUGAGAAGGUUAUUGAGCAGUGUGGGAUACUUGGAAUCCCGAGGGAGGAUAUGGGGAAAGUCUAUUGUGAUCCGUGGACGAUUGGAUACGAUGAGCGUUUCGGGACCGGGAUCCGACUGCAGCAGGCGUUGAUGUACUACCGGCCUAGCGUCGAUGAGUCGCAAUAUACGUACCCGCUUGACUUUUGUCCAAUCUACAAUGCCCAGACAAAGGAGAUCAUUCACAUUGAUAUCCCGUCUGUCCGACGACCGCUGAGCAAGGCCCCUCCGAACAGUUACCAUCCCGAGGCCAUCGAACAGGAAGGUGGUUUCCGGAAAGACUUGAAGCCAAUCCACAUCACGCAGCCCGAGGGUGUCUCUUUCACAAUCAACAAUCGAAUUAUCGAUUGGCAAAACUGGAACAUUCACGUUGGCUUCAACUAUCGCGAAGGCAUCGUGCUCAACAACAUCACGUUCAACGACAAGGGGACUGUCCGUCCAGUGUUCUACCGUCUGUCUCUCGCGGAAAUGGUUGUUCCAUACGGAAACCCGGAACAUCCUCACCAACGGAAGCAUGCGUUUGAUCUUGGAGAGUAUGGCGGCGGAUAUAUGACCAACAGUCUCUCCCUAGGCUGCGAUUGCAAGGGCGCGAUCCACUACAUGGAUGCGGCGUUUGUGAAUAAAGCCGGUGCAAGCACGGUUAUCAAGAAUGCCAUUUGCAUCCACGAAGAAGACGCUGGUAUCCUCUUCAAGCAUACCGAUUUCCGUGAUGAGUCGAUGGUUGUCACCCGUGGACGAAAGUUGAUUAUCUCGCAUAUCUUCACGGCUGCGAACUACGAGUACUGCGUGUACUGGAUUUUCCACCAGGAUGGCACUGUACAGCUUGAUAUUAAGCUGACUGGCAUUCUGAAUACGUACUCACUGAACCCAGGCGAGAACACAAACGGCUGGGGAACAGAGGUGUACCCCGGUGUCAAUGCGCACAAUCACCAGCACCUCUUCUGUCUGCGUGUGGAUCCCAACAUUGACGGACCGAAUAACACAGUGUUUCAGGUCGAUGCAACGCGGGGUCCUGGUGAAGUUGGCAGCGCAGAGAACAAAUACGGCAAUGCUUUCUUUGCAAAGAAGACAAAGUAUACAACGCCGCGCGAGGCAAUGUCGGAUUAUGACGGUAAUACCGGACGCACGUGGGAAAUUGCCAAUACGAACAAGUUGAACGAGUACAGCAAGAAACCCGUGUGCUAUAAGCUGGUUAGCCGCGAGGUUCCGCCGUUCCUCCCCAAGCCGGGUGGUGUGGCUUGGAAGAGAGCUGGAUUCGCCAGACAUGCCGUGCACGUCACUAAAUACAACGACGAACAACUCUACCCUGCCGGUCGGCACGUCCCCCAAACCUCUGGCGACCCCUCCGCUGGCCUCCCCGCCUGGAUCGAAGAAGCCGAAACCACAUCCGGCCCCAGCAACUCAAUCGACAAUACCGAUAUUGUCCUCUGGCACACCUUCGGCCUUACUCACUUCCCAUCGCCUGAAGAUUUCCCGAUCAUGCCCGCCGAGCCGAUGACCGUAUUACUCAGACCGAGAAACUUCUUCACGAAGAAUCCGGCGUUGGAUGUACCGCCUAGUUUUGUAAGGACGCCAUCGCAGGCUGCGAAGGGGAUUGAGGGUUGUGGCUGUGCAGGGAAAAAGGGGAGUGAUGGAAGUAGUGUGUUGGUUUAG